AGACAUUAUCCUAUCCACACAAUCUGGUUGUCCCAUAAUCUCUUCCCAAACUCAAACUCACAGAGAUGAUAAUGAAGAUCAGAUUCCAUUCCACUAACCAUAAUUUUCACUCACUUUACUCCUCUCCACAACAACAUGCUUCAUUGGAAAAUAAUGAAAGCUUAGCAACAAUGGUGUUGAUAACAUCAUCAUCAUCAUGACAUCAGUCCUUAACCAAACCCAUCUUUUAUUUCCCACCAAAGAAACCCCACAAUUCAAUUUCAAUUCCAAGCUCCAAGAAUGCAUCUCACUGCUUAAAAAAUGCAGAACCAUCAAAGAACUCAACCAAAUUCAUGCCCAAAUUAUAAAGUUUGGAUUUUUAUGUGACCCCUUUUGUGCAGGAAAUCUUGUGGCUACUACUGCUCUUUCUGAUUGGGGAAGCAUGGAUUAUGCUUGCAAGAUUUUCAGGUGUAUUGAUGAUGAUAUCCCAGAAGCUUUCUUGUUCAACACCAUGAUCAGAGGACAUGUCAAGGAUAUGAAUUGGGGUAAAGCUUUGUUAAUUUACUAUGAAAUGUUGGAGAGUGGUGUUGAGCCUGAUAAUUUUACUUACCCACCUUUGCUUAAGGCUUGUGCUAAGUUAUCUGCAAUUAAAGAAGGUAUAAUGAUUCAUGGGCAUUGCUUUAAACUUGGAUUACAAGGUGAUUUGUUUGUGCAAAAUAGUUUAAUCAAUAUGUAUGGAAAAUGUGGGGAAAUUGAACUUAGCUGUGAUGUGUUUGAUCAAAUGCUUGAAAGAAGUGUUGCUUCAUGGAGUGCUGUUAUUUCUGUUCAUGCUAGUUUAGGUAAAUGGUGGGAGUGUCUUAAGCUUUUUGGGGAUAUGAUGAUGAGUGAUGAGGAAAGAAGGUUUAGAGCCGAGGAGAGUGUGUUAGUUAGUGUUCUUUCUGCUUGUACUCAUUUGGGUGCUCUUGAUUUGGGUAGGUGUACUCAUGGAUACUUGUUGAGGAAUAUUAGUGGAAAUAAUGUGAUUGUAGAGACUUCUUUAAUGGAUAUGUAUGUGAAAUGUGGUUGUUUGGAGAAAGCUUUGUGUUUGUUUAACCAGAUGGGGAAGAGCAAGAAGAAUCAGUUGUCCUACUCGGUGAUGAUUUCGGGGCUUGCUAUGCAUGGACAUGGUAGGAAAGCUUUAGAGGUUUUCUCUGAAAUGCUUGAAGAAGGUUUGAGACCCGACGAGAUUGUGUAUAUGAGUGUUCUGAGUGCUUGUAGUGAUGCUGGCUUGGUUGAUGAGGGUCUAAAAUGGUUUAAGAAGAUGAAAACCGAGCAUGGGAUCGAGCCAACAGUUCAUCAUUAUGGUUGUAUUGUAGAUCUUUUCGGAAGAGCAGGGAUGUUGAAUGAAGCAUUCGAGUUCAUUAACAGCAUGCCCAUAAACCCGAAUGACAUUAUAUGGAGAAGCCUUCUUAGUGCUUGUAGAGUUCAUAAUAACUUGGAAAUAGGCGAAAUUGCAGCAGAAAAUCUAGUGAAGAUGAAUUCUCAGAACCCUGGUGAUUAUGUGGUGCUUUCAAACAUGUAUGCGAAAUCUCAGAAGUGGGAUAAUGUUGCUAGGAUCCGAACCGAAAUGGCUUCAAAAGGAUUGACACCAAAUCUUGGGUUCAGCAUGGUUGAAGUGAAGAAAAAGGUUUUCAAGUUUGUAUCACAAGACAUGUCAUAUCCUCAAUGUGAUGGUGUUCAUGAGAUGAUUCACCAAAUGGAAUGGCAACUUAGAUUUGAAGGGUAUAAACCAGACACAUCUCUUGUUUUGCUUGAUGUAGAAGAAGAAGAGAAGAUAGAGAGAUUAAAGUAUCAUAGUCAGAAGUUAGCAAUUGCUUUUGCUCUUAUACAUUCUUCUAGAGGAAGUCCUAUAAGAAUAGUUAGAAAUCUAAGAAUGUGCAGUGAUUGUCACACUUAUACUAAACUUAUUUCAGUUAUCUAUGAACGAGAAAUUACUGUUAGAGAUAGAAAUCAGUUCCACCAUUUUAAAGAUGGAGUAUGUUCUUGUAGAGAUUACUGCGUCUUAGAUAUACAUUUUUGAGUGACACAAGUUGGAAUUCGAUCCCAAAACCCUCCACACACCCACGCACCUCUCACCAACCCCUUUUGGCCACUUGAGCUACCUCGAAGUGGUUUCUGAUAUAUGUACUCAAUUAAUGAUGUCUUCUGCAAAUAUCUAAGCUUUGCCAAGUGAAGAGAAGACAAUCUUUCAUAGAAUAAUUUUAGGUUGUUUUAGCUUGAAGAUUUUAGUUAAGGCUAUGUGAUAGCUCCAAAUGACAUGUUAUAUUGUGUGAAGAAAUUUGGGCCGGCCUUAGGCACAUGUGUUAGGCUCGUGCCUAGGGUUACACAUACACUUUUCAGGCAUCCAAAAUAGAAAAUAAAAAUGGUUAGGCUAUUAUUUAAAUAAAAUUAAGUAUAUUGUAAACAAUAAUAGUCAUAGCUUAAUUGGUUAAAUGUAUGACACAUUACA